GAGCGGUUUGUGCGGUUUAUUCUUCACAGAGGAACUCUCAUUGUCUCGUGGUGUGUGUUAAUCAUACACUGAUGCAGGGCGUUUGGCCUCACCCUUUCACUUGAUAGCUGGCCUCUCUGCUCGCUCUCUCCACAGGAACCAUGACUGCUAUAAGUGUCAAGGUGAAGAGAGGCUCUUCACCACAGAGGAAACCUCGCUCCCACUUAUUGGAAGUCCUGGUCCGCAGCCUGAUAAUCCUGUGCACAGCCCUAUCCGUUGUCCUCUCCUCCAUAGCCGUGUGUGAUGGACACUGGCUUCAUGUAUCCAGGGGAGGCAUUUUGGGCCUGUGGAGCUUCUGCACCAUGGAGACAGGUGUGACCAAUGAUGAACCUGGAAAGAGUGCAACUCCAGUGGGUGGUAAUGCCAGAACAGCAGCUAGAGAUCUGAUAGAUCAGGACCAAGUAGCCCUUGGUGGACCCAGAGCUCUAGUCCUCUUGAAUUGCACCACCCUGCUGGCUCAGACUGGUACCACUGGUUUGAAGUGGGGUCUGGGCCUGUGUCGCUUUGCAGUCUCCUUGGCUGUGGUAGCUGCCAUCUUCAGUCUGGAGCUCCACGUGGUGUCCCAGGUGAGCGAGGGCCGGGAUGCAUCUCGUCGAUGGGUGCUUGGGUCAGUCCUGGUGCUGGUGGCAGCGUUCAUGUCUGUGACGGGUGUGGUCAUGUUCGUAGCUCUGGUUUGGGAGUAUGUGUCGCUGAUGGGCUUCACCCUCACCUUCUGGUGCCAGCUUGCUGCAGCCUUCUUCUUCUUCCUCAGCGGGAUGGCAGCUCGCCAUAUCCAUCAUAUGAAUGUGCCAGCUCCACCUAGUGGCUUGUUGGGGAAAUGCUAG